AUGUCAGGUAUAUUUACAGACACUGAGAUGAAUGAGCAAUACCAAGAGGACGAUGACUUUAACCAACAAGAAGAGCUAGUAAGUGACCAAGAUAUGAUGGAUAAACAGAUUGUAUUCGAACAAGAUUUCAGAGAUGAAUUUACCGAGGGAGCGUUUUUUUCUGAAUCUGAUAUGUCAGAUUAUAUCCUUGAAGCCGCUUAUGCGGUUGACUCCGUGCAAGACAUUACAUCUUUGAAAUUUAGUGAGAAUGUUGCGGAGGAAAUUGGCAAAUACCACUUUUCUACUUUGCAUCUUGCAUUUGAUUUUUAUAUGAAGUACUCAAAGUCGAAGGGCUUUAGUGCAAGGAAGAGCAAGACUUUCAAGAAUAGUAGUGGCGAGAUUUACAGACAAAUGUUUGUAUGCCAUAGGCAAGGAUUCAGGAUGGAGAAAUAUUACACGAUGGAAAAAAGGAAGAAGGAGCCUAGAUUGGAAACAAGAACUGGAUGUAGAACUGGAUGUGAAGCCUGA